GGGGAGGCGGGAAACAGCUCGGUGGGCGCAGGCUGGCGCGGGCACCUGAGCCUGGAUCUGGGAACGUUUCGCCAUGGCGGUGCAGCCGAAGGAGACGCUGCAGCUGGAGAGUGCGGCCGAGGUCGGCUUCGUGCGCUUCUUCCAGGGCAUGCCGGAGAAGCCGGCCACCACGGUGCGGCUCUUCGACAGGGGCGACUUCUACACGGCGCAUGGCGAGGACGCGCUUCUGGCCGCCCGGGAAGUGUUCAAGACCCAGGGGGUCAUUAAGUACAUGGGGCCGUCAGGAGCAAAGACUCUGCAAAGUGUUGUGCUUAGUAAAAUGAAUUUUGAGUCUUUUGUGAAAGAUCUUCUUCUAGUUCGUCAAUAUAGAGUUGAAGUUUAUAAAAAUAGAGCUGGAAAUAAGGCGACCAAGGAGAAUGAUUGGUAUUUGGCUUUUAAGGCUUCUCCUGGCAAUCUUGCCCAGUUUGAAGAUAUUCUGUUUGGUAACAAUGAUAUGUCAGCUUCCAUUGGUGUGGUGGGGGUCAAGAUGUCUGUAGUUGAUGGUCAAAGGCAGGUUGGAGUUGGGUAUGUGGAUUCCCUCCAGAGGAAGCUAGGACUGUGUGAGUUCCCUGAUAAUGACCAGUUCUCCAACCUCGAGGCGCUCCUGGUUCAGAUUGGACCCAAGGAAUGUGUUUUACCAGGAGGAGAGACUGCUGGAGACAUGGGGAAACUGAGGCAGGUUAUUCAGAGAGGAGGAAUUCUGAUUACAGAAAGGAAGAAAACGGACUUUUCUUCUAAAGACAUUUAUCAGGACCUCAACAGGUUGUUGAAAGGCAAGAAGGGAGAGCAAACAAAUAGUGCUGUUUUGCCAGAAAUGGAGAAUCAGGUUGCAGUUUCCUCGUUGUCUGCAGUUAUUAAGUUCUUAGAACUCUUAUCUGACGAUUCUAAUUUCGGACAGUUUGAGCUGACUACUUUUGAUUUCAGCCAGUACAUGAAGUUGGAUAUUGCGGCAGUCAGAGCCCUUAACCUUUUUCAGGGCUCUGUUGAAGAUACCAGUGGCUCCCAGUCCCUGGCUGCAUUGCUGAACAAGUGCAAAACCCCUCAAGGACAGCGACUGGUCAACCAGUGGAUUAAGCAGCCUCUGAUGGAUAAGAACAGAAUAGAAGAGAGACUAAAUUUAGUGGAAGCUUUUGUAGAGGAUGCAGAAUUGAGGCAGAGUUUACAAGAAGACUUACUUCGUCGGCUCCCAGAUCUUAACCGACUUGCCAAGAAAUUCCAAAGACAAGCUGCAAAUUUGCAAGAUUGUUAUCGGCUUUAUCAGGGUAUCAAUCAGCUCCCUAAUGUUAUACAGGCUCUGGAAAAGUACGAAGGAAAACACCAGGCCUUGUUGUUGGCAAUUUUUGUCACUCCCCUUACUGAUCUUCGUUCUGAUUUCUCCAAGUUUCAGGAAAUGAUAGAAACAACAUUAGAUAUGGAUCAGGUGGAAAACCAUGAGUUCCUUGUGAAGCCUUCAUUUGAUCCGAAUCUGAGUGAGUUAAGAGAAGUAAUGGAUGACUUGGAAAAGAAGAUGCAAUCAACAUUGAUAAGUGCAGCCAGAGAUCUUGGCUUGGACCCUGGCAAACAGAUAAAACUAGAUUCUAGUGCACAGUUUGGAUAUUACUUUCGAGUAACCUGCAAGGAAGAGAAAGUCCUUCGUAACAAUAAAAACUUCAGUACAGUAGAUAUCCAGAAGAAUGGUGUGAAAUUUACUAACAGUAAAUUAAGUUCUUUAAAUGAAGAAUAUACCAAAAAUAAAUCUGAGUAUGAGGAGGCCCAGGACGCCAUUGUUAAAGAAAUUGUCAAUAUUUCUUCAGGCUACGUAGAACCCAUGCAGACCCUCAAUGAUGUGUUGGCUCAGCUUGAUGCUGUUGUCAGCUUUGCUCACGUGUCUAAUGGAGCACCUGUUCCGUACGUACGACCAGUCAUCCUGGAGAAAGGACAAGGAAGAAUUAUAUUGAAAGGAUCCAGACAUGCGUGUGUUGAAGUUCAAGAUGAAGUUGCAUUUAUUCCUAAUGAUGUACACUUUGAAAAAGAUAAACAGAUGUUCCACAUCAUUACUGGGCCCAAUAUGGGAGGUAAAUCAACGUAUAUUCGCCAAACCGGUGUGAUAGUACUUAUGGCCCAAAUUGGGUGUUUUGUGCCAUGUGAGUCAGCAGAGGUGUCCAUUGUGGACUGCAUCUUGGCUCGGGUGGGGGCUGGUGACAGUCAGCUGAAAGGAGUGUCCACGUUUAUGGCUGAAAUGUUGGAAACCGCUUCGAUCCUCAGAUCUGCAACUAAAGAUUCUUUAAUAAUCAUAGAUGAAUUGGGAAGAGGAACUUCUACCUAUGAUGGAUUUGGGCUAGCAUGGGCUAUAUCAGAUUACAUUGCAACCAAGAUUGGCUCUUUUUGCAUGUUUGCAACCCAUUUUCACGAACUCACCGCCUUGGCCAAUCAUAUACCAACAGUUAACAAUCUACAUGUCACAGCACUGACCUCUGAAGACACCUUAACCAUGCUUUAUCAAGUGAAGAAAGGUGUUUGUGAUCAAAGCUUUGGGAUUCACGUUGCAGAGCUUGCCAAUUUCCCUAGGCAUGUGAUUGAGUGUGCGAAGCAAAAAGCCCAGGAACUGGAGGAGUUUCAGAAUGUUGGAGACUCACAAGUGUGUGAUGAAAUGGAGCCGGCAGCCAAAAAGUGCUGCCUGGAAAGAGAGCAAGGUGAAAAAAUUAUUCAGGAGUUUCUACUGAAGGUGAAGCAAGUGCCCUUUACUGAAAUGUCAGAAGAAAACAUUACAAUAAAGUUAAGACAGCUAAAAGCUGAAGUGAUUGCAAAGAACAAUAGUUUUGUAAAUGAAAUCAUUUCACGAAUAAAGGUUACCGCAUGAGAAAUUCCCACCAGUGGAGUGAAGAUAAUAUUGAUAAGCUAUUGUCUGUAACACUUUUGCAUUGUUUUAUAUUAACCCCCCUUUCCAUAGUGUUCACUACUGAUUCUCAUGAGAUUUCAAUUUAAAAUACUCAGUAACAUUUGGCUGAGUUUGUUUUUAAAGAGGUUUAUUUUCAAAAAUGAAAGUUAUAACUGAGGACUAUUUAGAAGGACAUGAGCAGUGGUAAAAAAAAAAAGUGCUGAAUUUUAUAAAUAAAAUCAUGUAGUUUGUGGAA